ACUCUCACUAUCGAUUUGCCAUCACAAUACACAAAAAUCGUAUACCAGAAACUAAAGAGAGCGAGAGAGAUAAAAUCAAGCACCGCCGGUAGCAAAAUUUCUUUGUGAAAUCAACUUCAACUCUUCAAGCUAUGGCAGAAGAAGACCACGCUAUGGUUGAUUUGAAGGAGAAGGACGAUGUCGCAGAGCUUGCGCCAUUCGAUCCCUCAAAGAAGAAGAAGAAGAAGAAGCCUGUUGCCUUAUCUACAGACCUUGCAGAUGAUUCUUUAGAUAAGUUGACAGAGAAAACCGAUAAUCUGUCUGUUGCUGAAGGUGUUGAAAAUGCCUUCGCGGGUCUUAAAAAGAAGAAGAAGAAGCCAGUUGAGUCAGAAUUUCUGAACGAGGAUAAUGGUGAUGCAAUAGAAGAUUUAGAUGAUCAAGUGAAAGAGGAUGAGGAAGGAGAAGGAAUUGUUCUGCAAACACGGUAUCCCUGGGAAGGAACUGAUAGGGAUUAUGAAUAUGAAGAGCUCCUUGGUCGUGUGUUUAACAUUCUCCGUGAGAAUAAUCCAGAGCUUGCAGGAGACAGGCGUAGGACUGUUAUGAGGCCACCACAGGUUCUACGUGAAGGCACCAAAAAGACUGUGUUCGUGAACUUCAUGGAUCUCUGCAAGACGAUGCAUAGGCAGCCAGAGCAUGUGAUGAAUUUCUUACUUGCUGAGAUGGGAACAAGCGGAUCGUUGGAUGGACAACAGAGGCUUGUUGUUAAAGGAAGGUUUGCUCCCAAGAAUUUUGAGGGCAUUUUACGAAGAUAUGUCAAUGAAUAUGUUAUAUGCAAUGGUUGCAAAAGUCCAGAUACCAUCUUAUCAAAAGAGAACAGGCUGUUUUUUCUCCGAUGCGAGCAGUGUGGUUCUGGCCGUUCUGUUGCUCCUAUCAAAGCUGGUUUCGUGGCUCGUGUUGGUCGUCGAAAGGCUGGGACAUAAUCAGGAUAAGUUUCAUACAUCGUUUGUGGCAGUUCAGGAAAAGCCAGUUCGCUCCUUAAUUUCGCUUCAGUCUUUUCUUUACCAAGAGAGUUGGUAAGAGGUUGCCGAGUCUAGUUCUAGUUGGUACGAGAGGGGAUUUACUUUAAACAUUAUUUUUCCUAUGUAUACCAGGAGUAUGACUGCUAGAAAUCGCAUUUUAUGGGAAUUCUCUUUAUUAGUUUUGACAAAACAUAAACCAUUGUGUUUUGUGUUAAAUGGAGUUUUGAUGUCAUUACUUUCUAUGUGACC